GAAUUUAUUCAGUACAUGAUACAAAUGAAAGUUGUAAUAAAUAUGUUUCAAGUUUAAGUGAAAGUGCUCACAUUAAAUUCAUAAUUAUAGCCUUGCAGGGAAAUAGAAGUAUUACGUACAGUAUAAUAUUAAAGGAUUUUAAACAUAGGAGGUUCUUUAUUAAACAAAGGAAGAAACCAUAACUAGACAUCAUUAACAUCAUCAUUGGAAGAAUUCUGUGCCAAAAAAGAGAGAGAGAAGAACAAAUAAGAUUUAAAAGAUGGCAGAAGAGGCAGAAGCAGAAUCGGGAGCUUAUUUUUCCAAUUUAGAUUUCUUCAUUCUCUCACUCAUGGCUGGAAUGGCUGUCUAUUGGUACUUCUUCAAGAAUAAGCAGAAAGAACAACCCACGUUUAAAAAGUUGACAGUUGCACCUUUGGCACGAAGUUCGUCAUAUGACCCAAGCUUUAUCAAUAAAAUGAAGAAUUCUGGCAGGAACGUUGUGGUUUUCUAUGGUUCCCAGACAGGCACAGCUGAAGAGUUUGCAGGUCGACUUGCAAAAGAUUGUGCUGGGUAUGGAAUGAAAGGCAUGGUAGCUGAUCCAGAAGAGUGUGAAAUGGAGGAUUUAGCUCGGCUAACAGAGUUAGAGAAUGGAAUGGCAAUAUUUUGUAUGGCAACAUACGGUGAAGGUGAUCCUACAGACAACGCCCAGGAGUUUUAUGAAUGGUUGCAGACGGGCGAUGUAGAGCUUACAGGCGUUAAGUUUGCUGUUUUUGCAUUAGGAAAUAAAACAUAUGAGCAUUACAAUGCAAUGGGGAAAUAUGUUGAUAAGAGAAUAGAAGAACUAGGAGGGGAGCGUGUCUUUGAACUAGGUCAGGGUGAUGAUGAUGGCAAUAUUGAGGAAGAUUUUGUUACAUGGAGAGAAAAGUUUUGGCCUGCAGUUUGUGAGCAUUUUGGAGUAGAGGCUACAGGAGACCAAGUAAAUGUUCGCCAGUACACCUUAGAAGUUCAUGAGAAUUUGCCAGCUGAGAAAGUAUUCAAGGGAGAAAUAGCGAGACUGAGAUCAUUUGAAAACCAAAGACCACCUUUUGAUGCUAAGAACCCAUAUCUAGCACCUGUUAAAGUGAACAGAGAGCUUCAUAAAAGUGGCGACAGAUCCUGUAUGCACAUAGAGUUUGAUAUCUCUGGAUCAAAAAUAAGAUACGAGGCUGGGGACCAUGUUGCUGUUUAUCCUAUCAAUGACACAGAAAUUGUUGAGGCUAUUGGAAAACGUCUUAACAUUGAUCUAGAUACAGUAUUUACACUCACCAAUGUUGAUGAGGAGGCCAGCAAGAAGCACCCAUUCCCAAACCCGUGUUCAUAUCGUACUGCUUUACUUCACUACCUCGAUAUCACUCAUUGUCCACGUACCCACGUUCUACGUGAACUUGCCGAAUAUGCUGAAGAUGAAAAAGAUAAAGAGUUCCUUCUGAAAUUGACCUCCCCUACACCUGAAGGAAAGAGUUUAUAUGGAGAAUGGGUUCUAAAGUCACACAGAACUAUUUUACAUAUUUUGGAAGAUCUGAAGUCAUUACAGCCAAAUAUUGACCAUAUUUGUGAGCUGUUACCACGGUUACAGGCUAGAUACUAUUCCAUCUCUUCAUCACCAAAGGAACAUCCUACAAGUAUUUCUAUAACAGCUGUGGUUGUUAAAUAUGAAACCAAAACUGGUCGCACUGCUAAAGGAGUAGCGACUAACUGGAUGGCCACCAUGAAACCUGAUAAUGGCACCAAAUACACAGUCCCAAUUUAUGUCAGGAAGUCACAGUUCAGAUUACCAUUCAAGACAAACAUGCCAGUGUUAAUGAUUGGACCUGGGACAGGACUUGCACCAUUCCGUGGGUUUUUACAAGAGAGACAUUUCCUCAAAACUGAGGGUAAACCAGUGGGAGACACUGUGUUAUAUUUUGGUUGUCGAAAGCAAGCAGAGGACUUCAUUUAUGAGGAUGAGUUACAAGAAUACGAGAAGAACGGCACAUUGACGAAGAUGCAUCUAGCAUUCUCUCGUGACCAGGCAGAGAAAGAAUAUGUUCAGCAUCUUCUGAAAAAGAAUGCAGAAGAAACAUGGAAGUUAUUGGAAUCUGGAGGACAUUUAUAUGUAUGCGGGGAUGCUAGGAAUAUGGCCAGGGAUGUACAUGACACACUGACCUACAUUAUACAGGAAUGUGGCGGCAUGGACUCAACCAAAGCUGCAGACUAUAUUAAGAAACUACAAAACAAGGGACGUUACUCUUGUGAUGUCUGGAGUUGAAGAGUUACCUUUUCUUUUCUUCUAAAAUCGGCACCAAAGGAGUUCUGCAAUACAAAAUGGGUUCAACUGUGACUUUCCAAACUUUGUGUAAAUCUAAUAAAUUUAGUUUGUAAAUAUGAAUGAUCAUUUAGUGGACAAAACAGUAAUGUUCACCUAUUUGUACAGGUUGAAAAAGCACAAAAUGGAAACCAGCUUUAAAAACUAAAGACUAAAAAUUUCAUGUACUUGAUUUAUAAAUUUGUAGAAAAAUAUUCUUAUCCAAAUAAUGAUAAAAAUAACAUGGUUAUUUAUACCUAUUAUUUAUAUUUAACAGGACCCAAGUAAAAUAAGCAUCGGAGACCCAUUGAUAUAUUGUAUACUUGUUAUUUCAAACCAGUCUGGAAUUGGCUCAUUAUCAUUGGUUGAUUUACUUGAAUUUAAAUAAAAGAAGACAAAACAACCAAUCAGAAAGCAGCUUAUUUGAGACUGGUCUCAUUCCUUUUGUACAUUGCAUGUCUGUCUGCUUCAGAGACAAUUUAGGUCAAUAUAAGUGCAUGUGAUAAAAUUUGUUUAGACAAAUAUAUAUUUUGCAUAUACUGUAUAAAGAAACAUGGGUACAAUUAUAUAUUGUUUAAUGAGUGUUAUGUUUCAUGAAUAAGAGAAUGUAUGUUAUAUUCUAUACAUAUUUCAAUCCUUUAAUUAGGAAAUAGAUAUCAAUUUUGAGUGCAUUAUUGUAAUUUCAAGUUCAAGUGCACAACUAGUGUAGAGGUUGUAAGAAUGGAGGAUGAAUUAAACAUUAUGUGUGAAUUAUUAUCAAUGCUGUGUAUUUAUUAAUACAGAAAAAAACAACAGUUUACAAACAUCCAAAAAGUUUUUUCUUCCAGAGUUUCAUCAAAAUUUAAUGCACUGCGAGAAUGAGUGACUUAACUAAAAAAUGUUAUAUAUUAAUAAGCAAAAAGGGUUAUUUUCUUUUUUAAAUUCUGUCAAACCUGUGUAUUUUAUAAAGAAGUUAUUGAUCCCAGUUAAGAUUGAUCCUAGAGACAAUCAUAGAGAACAUGUUUAAGAAAUAUACACUGUACUAUGUACUGGUUAUUUCAAGAUUUCAUCUCAUUUAUUGAGUAAGAAUGUUAACAAGACUAUAUAGUUAUAUAACAGAGAUGUAUGUUGUUGUAAGAAUAUGUUGUGUUACCGUAUGUCAUUGCUCAUUGUAGUGUUGAACAAUGGAAAUAUGAAACAAAGUUAUCUUGAAGCUAUACCUUAAACAUCUUAUCUUGGCACAGUUAUACUCAAAUUUAAGAUAAAGAAAUUAAUUGAAAAUGAACCAAAUUACAAAUGUAUAUAUAUAACAGUAAAACAAAAAAAAAAUAAUUUCUUUUUUAGAUUUAAUACAUAAUUUAAAGAGUUAGAAUUUUUCAGAAGUGUGAGACGUAAUCAAGUGAUCUUUGAAUAAAUGAAUACCUGAACUAAAUCUGAAUGACGAAUAUCCCAGUAAUAAUAACAACAAUAAAUAUUUGUAAUUAAACAUAUUAUUUUAAUUUGGUGCUAAUUAAUAAAUACAUUGGUCUUAUCAGUGAAUUAUGUAUCUUAAUAAAUUCAUUGUGUAAACUUACUAGCGUCAUAAACUGAAAUUGAACUAAGAUUAAAGUAAAUUGGUCUAUAAUGUUAGGUCUGUUACACAAUGAAUUAUUACGCUGAUAUAUGUUAGUAUUAGACAUAAUAACAAACCAAGAGUAAUACAUGGAAGUUGUAGGCAAAUGCGAGAUACAUUACUCGAUAUAUUACAUAUAUUUAUAUAGCAAAUAAUAAAAUGUGUUAAA